AUGGUAGAUAGUGAAGUUGUUAGCAAAUAUACUCAUUUUUUGGCUUUUGAUACUUGGUAUGUUGUUCCUGUUGUGGGCAUUAGAAAUCAAUGGAAUUAUCUGAAACAAUUAACUGAAUCAUACAAUAGACCAUGGCUUUUACUUGGUGAUUUUAAUUUUAUUCUGAAUAUCUCUGAGAAACAAGGUGGUAUUCUGGAAAAUUCUUUGGCAUCGGAUUUUGUUAGAAAUGCUCUAUUACUGUUAAAUAUGCAUGAUGUUUUCUCUUUUGGCAAUCCGUAUACUUGGUGUAACAGAAGAUUCAAGAAUCCUUAUGAGUUAAUUUUCGAAAAGCUUGAUAGGGGUUUUAUUAAGCAUAAAUGGGUAUCGCUUCUUCCUCAAACUAGGGUUACAAAUCUGGGUAGAUUAUUCUCUGAUCAUUGCCCUAUCCUUCUGCAAUGUCUUCAUGAAGUAACCAGUCUAGGAAUUCCUUUUAAAUAUUUCAAAUGCUGGCAUUCUAGUCCAGAUUUUAAAAACGUUCUUUUACAUUCUUGGGAAAAGGAUUGUAAAGGCUCUCCUAGCUAUGUUAUUGCUGGAAAGCUUAAAAACCUUAAGCAUGAUCUUAGUAGGAGGAAUACAAAUUCUUUUGGGCAUAUUAAAACAACCAUUGGUAAGCUAAAUUCUGAAAUUGGAUAG